CAAUAAAUUUUUUGAAACCCACAACGAAUCAAAGGAUUGCACAGCACCCUUCGAUAGAACCAAACCCAAAGAAUACCGCAUGGAGAGCGACGAGGUAGAGACAAACCGAACUACAAAGGGACAGUUCGACUAAGAUUAAAAGCAGUACCGUAGGCCAGUUGCACUGACUACGCUGUACUACGGAAAGAAGUGACUCACAUUUUGCUCGUUAGCUACAAACCAAAGAAGAAAAAGAACCAAAAGCAACACACGAAGAAACCAUGAAAAGUACCAGGGAGGAUUCAGGGAGAGACAAGAAUGACCGGGGCGGUCGUGGUAAAAACGGAAGAAAACAGAGCGGGAACCAGGGGCGCGGCGGCGGAGGAGGGAGCAAGGGCGGAAGCAGGCGGUCGAAAAACAAGGGCCAAAACAACGGCAACAGAAGUUCCAAUAGGUCCAAUCGCUCGUCUUUCUCUUCGUCCUCGUCCCCUUUGGUCUACCCGCAAUACGCUACGCUGGAAGAGUGCCUCACCAGGUACAAUAGGGGGGAUCGCAACCUUAUCAGGGGAACCAUUCGCUGCUUGCCAGUGCGGGACGGACCCGCCUUUUGCACUUGCGACCGCGGGUCGCAGUCCAAGGACGUUGUCCUGGAUGGGCCGCUCGAGCGCAAUCGGGCCCUAGACGGCGACGUUGUUUUUGUAGAAAUCAUUUCCAAGCCACCGGAAGAGAAGGAAAAGGGGACAGCACCUAGUGAUCGCACACCCAGAGAGGAGCCGGGCAGCGAAACCAAAGAACAAGAAUCAGAGGACGAGUGGUGGCAAGACGACAUCGAUCAGGUGAAUCUCUGGGAUCCGGUGGUGCCAAUUGCGCACAAGAAGCUGAUUCCAAAGUCAGAUUCGUCAUCGCCUAGUGUCGCAUUCGAUAAGGAACAAAAGCACGGCAGGGUGGUCUUUGUCGUUCAUCCGAAAGAAUGGUCUAGCGAGAUCAAGUCUAAACAAAACAGUCAUUCCAGGGAUCGCUCGGCCCCCACAAAGCGUAUAGUUGGAACCCUGAAACGGCUCAAGGGGGGAACGGCCCUGCUGACAUCGUCCAACAACCGAAGCAUGCAGCAGUUUCGCCUAUCGAACGCCGACGCCGAAAAAUAUAAGGACGCCCCAGAGGGGUCGAUUUUUGCCGGAAAGUACACCUACGGAACAUGGCAGGAAACCCACAAAUGGCCCGCCUGCUCGAACCUCGAACAGUUUGGGGCCACCGGGAACAUCGAGGACGAGACAGCGGCUCUCCUGAUAGAAUUCGGGGUUGACCAUGGAGAGUUCCCUUCCCACGUUCUAGAGGAAAGUCAGACCGUUGUCGCCUCGGGACAGUAUUCCAACGGGACGGAAUCCGGAUGGAGACCCACUGAAGACAUGUAUGAGGGACGAAGGGACUAUCGAAACCAGCGGAUUUUCACCAUUGAUCCAACCACUGCAAAGGAUUUGGACGACGCCCUCCAUAUAACUGACCUAGGAAAUGGGCAGAUUGAAAUAGGAGUGCACAUUGCUGACGUUUCGUUUUUCGUGACUCCGGAUUGCGCAAUCGAUGUCGAGGCACAAAGGCGAUGCACCACCGUGUACCUCGUGGAUCGAGUUAUCCCAAUGCUCCCAAGGCCACUCUGCGAGGUUGCCUGUAGUCUCAACGAAAACGUAGAGCGUCUCGCUUUUUCUUGUGUAUGGAGGAUGAACCGUGACGGAAGCCUCGUCAAGGGACAGGACGUAUGGUACGGGAGAACCGUUAUCAAAUCGUGUGCCCGACUGGAUUAUUCCACCGCUCAAAACAUCAUUGAAAACAAGGUAGCCUAUCCAGGGGAGAACGAAAUCGACGAAGAGCUCUGGCCGGUCUCUCGGAGGCCAACAGGGGGGCACACCAUCGGACAGGUAGCCGCAGACGUCCGGCUGAUGAACGAAAUAGCCCAGGCCCGCCGCAGGCUGCGCUUCCGAAACGGAGCGGUGGCCCUCGAUGCGGUCAAGCUUACCUUUCAGCUGGACGACGACCGGGAAACACCUCUGUUGUGCGAGCCAUACAAGAUCCGGGACUCCAACAAGCUCGUCGAGGAGUAUAUGCUUCUUGCCAACUUUUUGGUUGCCCAGCGACUCAUCACCAACACUGGGCCCCGGGCCUGCCUGCGCAACCACGAGCCACCGGACUACGAGGGGCUAGAAAAGGCCGCUGCCCUGGCGAUGGAGGCCAUUGGCUUUCGCAUCGACAUUGAGAGUUCCGAGGCUGUCCAGAAAUCGCUCAACCGCCUCAGCCAGGAAUGUCAGGAUCCAAUCCUGCUUAAGUGCAUCACCGAGCUGCUCAAGAAUCCGAUGAAACCGGCCACCUACAUUGCAGCCGGCACACUCUCGCAACCCGAAUGGGCCCAUUUUGCAUUGCACAUCCCCUAUUAUACACACUUUACCAGCCCCAUUCGACGGUACGCGGACGUUAUCGUGCACCGGCUGCUCCAGGCCAGCAUCGACGGAGAGGACGCGGUCGAAGACUUUCCGAUGGAGGUCAAGGAAAUCAGCGCCAUCUGUGGUACUUGUAACGAGAAGAAAGAAGGAUCUCGCAAGGCCCAGGAGCGCAGUGAUGCCGUCUUUCUGGCCCUUUACCUCCGCAAAUUUCCCAAAAAGAGACAGCUGGCGGUCGUCACGUCAAUCGGGAUGAAAGCCUUUACAGUCUUUCUCCCCCACCUGGGGAUAUCUGCCAUGGUCUAUCUAGAUGAGCACAAACACUGGAUCGAGGCAGAAGCUUACGAGGACCCAAAAUUUGGCCGCAGGAUCAAACUAAAGCGGACCCAGACCCACAAGGGAGAGCGAUGGAAAGAACUCCUCGUCAAAAACUUUUUGCGGCUCCGGGUGACCUGCGGCUGCAGCGACAAACCCCCGUUGAACGUGAAUCUGAAGCUUGAGGGGCCGUGGGAGGGAGAUGACGAAACAAGGUAGUAGAGGACAGAUACGAAGGUGAAACGAUCGAAAAGCGAAAAGACGGAAUUGCAUCAUAACGUAGUAUGGUACCCAAUUUAAAUCAAGUGCUCAAUAGUUCUCAUCACCUAUGGAGGAUUCCAUAUCGCAGCUUAGAAUAUAGUGCUAGAUUACGAUAUUCUACAAACGUUAUUUUCAGAUAUUCUUGUACCACCAAGCCCAAGGUAAGUGAGCAAUCGUAUACGCCAAUUGAUCAGACAUUUGUAGCAGUGAAAUAAUAGAAUGGUACUAUUCCA